UCUCCCGUCUGUCUCUCUCUUUGUUGUGAGUACAGGACAGCAAAGUUUGCUGCUCCCCACCAGUCUUGCAGUGUUUGGGCUCAACACUAGGAAAGCAGCAGAGAGAAACUUAGAGAAACUAAGAGAAACUUAGUUCUAACUUCCCCUGGAGUCUUUGGUCUCCCUCUCUUCUCAAAUUAAGAAAGAGGGGGACAUUUACCCACCCUUUGCUGCAGUCCAAGGGUGCCCCUAUGAAGGCAGUUUGCUGGAUCCUGGCAGGUUUUUACCUGCUUUUCUGCUGCAAGGCAGAAGAGGGACUGAACUUCCCUACUUAUGAUGGGAAAGACCGAGUGAUCGACCUGAACGAGAAGAAUUACAAGCAGGCACUGAAGAAGUAUGACAUGCUCUGCCUGCUCUUCCAUGAGCCUGUGAGCUCUGACAAGGUCUCCCAGAAGCAGUUCCAGAUGACAGAGAUGGUCCUGGAGCUGGCAGCUCAGGUCCUGGAGCCCAGGAGCAUUGGCUUUGGGAUGGUGGACUCCAAGAAGGAUGCCAAGCUUGCCAAAAAGUUAGGCUUGCUUGAAGAGGGAAGUCUCUAUGUCUUUAAGGACGAGCGGUUGGUUGAAUUUGAUGGGGAACUGUCUGCAGAUGUCUUGGUGGAAUUCCUCUUGGAUUUGCUAGAAGACCCCGUGGAGGUCAUAAACAGCAAGCUGGAGCUUCAGGCCUUUGACCAGAUCGAUGAUGAAAUCAAACUUAUCGGCUACUUCAAGGGAGAAGACUCAGAACAUUUCAAGGCAUUUGAAGAAGCUGCUGAACAAUUCCAGCCCUACGUCAAGUUCUUUGCCACCUUUGACAAAGGGGUUGCCAAGAAGCUGGGCCUAAAGAUGAACGAGGUGGACUUCUAUGAACCCUUUAUGGAUGAGCCUGUUCACAUCCCUGAUAAGCCUUACUCAGAAGAGGAGCUGGUUGAUUUUGUGAGAGAGCACAGAAGAGCCACCUUGAGGAAGCUGCGCCCAGAGGACAUGUUUGAGACGUGGGAGGAUGACAUGGAGGGUAUUCACAUUGUAGCCUUUGCUGAAGAAGAUGACCCAGAUGGUUUUGAGUUCCUGGAAAUCCUGAAGCAGGUUGCCAGGGACAACACUGAUAAUCCCGACCUGAGCAUUGUUUGGAUUGACCCUGAUGACUUUCCUUUGCUCAUCACUUACUGGGAGAAGACCUUCAAGAUCGACCUGUUCAGACCACAGAUUGGGAUAGUGAACGUCACGGAUGCUGACAGCGUCUGGAUGGACAUCAGAGACGAUGACGACCUGCCCACAGCCGAGGAGCUGGAGGACUGGAUAGAGGACGUGCUUUCUGGGAAGAUAAAUACUGAAGAUGAUGAUGAUGAUGAAGAUGAUGAUGAUGAUGAUGAUGACGACGAUGAUGACGAUGACGAUGAUGACGAUGACGACGACGAUGAUGAUGACGAUGAUGACUAACUGUGACUCUGUGCAGUUUGACUUGUGGGGUCCGAGAGCCCUGGUCCUGUGGCAGGUCCCUCCAUUGGAAGACCUAAGUUUGAGCAUCAGCAAGCACCACUGCUCCUCUUUUUCCCCCGGCCCCGCUCCCCCUGCCCUCGCCCUUGCCGGGACCCCCUCGCCUGAUUCCCAGCGGUGCUGAGCCACCGGGACUGCCCCUGCGGAGGGCAGCACCUGCAGGCACCCAGCACCGCUGCAAAUCAUGCCUCCUUAGUAAGGACAGUAGGAAUCUGCAGGGAAUCUGCCCCGAGUGUCCCAGGGCAGGAGAAAAGUGCCUGCCUGCUUGCUGCCAGAGGGACACAGGGAGCCAGUUUGUAUUUUCUGUGUUCAUCAGCCCAGCACUUAACAUCCAAAGACCAAAUCUCACUUCAAGACAUAGGGAAAACCCUAACUGUAAAGUUUAGCCAUUUUAUUAAACACAAUGCCCUUUGCAGCUACUCUGCCAAGACCACUCAAUCCUGCAAGUUGUGCUGCGGGAGUCUGUAGCUACUCCCUAAUAUGCUAAGAGCCAGAAAAAUGCUUUGGAAGGGGAGGGAGGUUUUAGGGAUGCUAUUAAAGUUUUCAGUGAUUCCA